GAUGAUGUCCCUGGCUGAGCAUGGUAGCGGCCUGUGGUCUGGGUUUCCUCAUCUGGUGUCAGGCAUACACUGAAGAGCCAGCAAGCUUGGACACCCAUGUCCCAACUCAUGACAGAGUGAUCUACUUGCCCCAGCCUGGCCAUCUGAUGUGGUACACAAGCUGAGUGACUUGAGAAAAGACCAGGGACAUCCUCCAACAGGUGACUAAAUGGUGGACUCUGACAAGUGGCUUUUAGUAAUGGCCAGCUAGACAUGAGCGGCCCCUGAGGUCGCCUCUGACUUCCGGAAGUAGAGGUCUGCAAGUCUACCACACAGGCUGCUCCAGCCCAUGGGGCCUCGGGAGCCACGUGACUGUCCAGACCCUACCAGGCCCAGCCAUGGCGGGCAGUGAGGGCUUCCAGUACAGGGCUGUGUACCCAUUCCGCCGGGAGCGGCCUGAGGACCUGGAGCUACUGCCUGGAGACCUACUGGUGGUGAGCCGUGUGGCUCUGCAGGCACUGGGCGUGGCAGAUGGAGGGGAGCGCUGUCCACACAACGUGGGCUGGAUGCCUGGCUUCAAUGAGCGCACCCGGCAGCGAGGGGACUUCCCUGGAACGUAUGUGGAGUUCCUAGGGCCUGUGGCUCUGGCUCGACCAGGACCUCGCCCACGAGGCCCCCGUCCAUUGCCCGCCAGGCCCUUGGAUGGGCCCUCUGAGUCAGGCCUCACACUGGCAGACCUGGCAGAGCAGUUCUCCCCACCUGACCCUGCUCCGCCCAUUCUGGUGAAGCUGGUAGAGGCCAUUGAGCAAGCAGGGCUGGACAGUGAAUGCUAUAGUCGGCCGGAGCUGCCCGCACCUCGGACAGACUGGUCCCUGAGUGAUGUGGAGCAGUGGGAUCGAAACGCCUUGUACGAUGCUGUUAAGGGCUUCCUGCUGGCGCUGCCUACACCUGUGGUGACUCCUGAGGCUGCAGCAGAGGCACACCGGGUCGCUGGCCAGCGCCUUUGGGCCGCUCCUACUGCGCACACCUCCGCCAGGGGGUGACACUGAUGGGAGUGAGCCUGGGCCAGGCUUCCCAGUGCUGCUGUUGGAGAGGCUGCUGCAGGAACACGUGGAUGAGCAGGAUGCCGCCCCCCCAGCACUGCCACCCAAACCCUCUAAGGCAAAGCCGGCCCCCACAGCUCUGGCUAAUGGAGGGAACCCGCCCUCGCUUCAGGAUGCAGAGUGGUACUGGGGGGACAUCUCCAGGGAAGAGGUGAAUGAGAGACUCCGGGACACGCCCGAUGGCACAUUCUUGGUCCGAGAUGCAUCCAGCAAGAUCCAAGGAGAGUACACGCUCACCCUCAGGAAAGGCGGGAACAACAAGCUGAUCAAAGUCUUCCACCGGGAUGGCCACUACGGCUUCUCCGAGCCCCUCACCUUCUGCUCCGUGGUGGAGCUCAUUUCCCACUACCGCCACGAGUCGCUGGCCCAGUACAACGCCAAGCUGGACACACGCCUGCUCUACCCUGUGUCCAAGUACCAGCAGGACCAGGUGGUGAAGGAGGACAGUGUGGAGGCUGUGGGUGCCCAGCUCAAGGUCUACCACCAGCAGUACCAGGACAAGAGCCGCGAAUACGAUCAGCUGUAUGAGGAAUACACACGGACCUCCCAGGAGCUUCAGAUGAAGCGCACAGCCAUAGAGGCCUUCAAUGAGACCAUCAAGAUCUUCGAAGAACAGGGCCAGACGCAGGAAAAGUGCAGCAAGGAGUAUUUGGAGCGCUUCCGGCGAGAGGGCAAUGAGAAGGAGAUGCAGAGGAUCUUGCUAAACUCUGAGCGGCUCAAGUCACGCAUCGCAGAAAUCCAUGAGAGCCGCACAAAACUGGAACAGGACCUGCGGGCGCAGGCCUCGGACAACCGUGAGAUCGACAAGCGCAUGAACAGCCUCAAGCCGGACCUCAUGCAGCUGCGCAAGAUCCGGGACCAGUACCUCGUGUGGCUCACCCAGAAAGGUGCCCGACAGAGGAAGAUCAACGAGUGGCUGGGGAUCAAGAACGAGACUGAGGACCAGUAUUCACUGAUGGAGGAUGAGGACGCCCUCCCCCACCACGAGGAGCGCACGUGGUACGUGGGCAAGAUCAACCGCACACAGGCAGAGGAGAUGCUGAGUGGCAAACGGGACGGGACCUUCCUCAUCCGGGAGAGCAGCCAGCGAGGCUGUUACGCAUGCUCCGUGGUGGUGGAUGGCGACACCAAGCACUGUGUCAUCUACCGCACGGCCACAGGCUUCGGCUUCGCGGAGCCCUACAACCUGUACGCGUCACUGAAGGAGCUGGUGCUGCACUACCAGCACGCCUCCCUCGUGCAGCACAAUGAUGCGCUCACGGUCACCCUCGCGCACCCUGUGCGCGCCCCCGGGCCUGGCCCACCCACGGCCCGCUGAGAGCCCCUGCCUCGUCCACACCCCUGUCCCUCCCGACUGUGCCUGCCAUGUUUACAGAGGCUGUGGGGGGAGCCUUCGUCUGGGCGCCCUGAGGAUUUUUAAGCCAUAGCUCCUGGGGCUGGGGCAGGAAGGAACUCCGCUGGGCAGUUUCCAGGAACUCAGCUUGGACACUCGGGGCCGGGCGGGACCCGCCCCGCGGACCCCAACUUCCCCUCUAAAGGUUGAAGUGAAACCAGCCGCAGGGGGUUACCCCACAGCUGCUGAGUUCACCCCACCGCCACCCCCACCCCACCCCAGCAGGCACAAUUAGAACUCCAGCCACCGCCUGGCCAUGCCCAGGCCCUGCGCUGUUCUCCCGACUGUGCAAUCUCCUCUCCUUUGGGACAAGGACCCUGGUGUCACUGCCCUUGGACCCCACACCUGCCCAGUACUGACGGGCAGCGGGUUUUGUACGGUACAUUUAUUGCGAAUAUGAAACAUUGUACCUGU